AUGGAGCACCUGGGUCCCCACCACCUCCACCCGGGCCAUGCGGAGCCCAUCAGCUUCGGCAUCGACCAGAUCCUCAAUAGCCCGGACCAGGGCGGCUGCAUGGGGCCCGCCUCUCGCCUCCAGGACGGAGAAUAUGGCCUUGGCUGUUUGGUCGGAGGCGCCUACUCUUACGGCGGCGGGGGCGCCUCGGGUGGAGCAGGGGCUGGGGGCGCGGGGGCCUACGGUGCGGGCGGCCCGGGCGGCUCCGGCGGCCCAGCGGGCGGCGGAGGCGCCUGCAGCAUGGGCCCUCUGGCCGGCUCUUACAACGUGAACAUGGCCUUGGCGGGCGGCCCCGGUCCCGGCGGCGGCGGCGGCGGCGGAGGUGGCAGCGGCGGCGGCGGGGCGCUGAGCGCCGCGGGAGUGAUCCGGGUGCCUGCUCACAGGCCGCUAGCGGGAGCCGUGGCCCACCCCCAGCCUCUGGCCACCGGUUUGCCCACCGUGCCCUCUGUGCCUGCUGUGCCGGGCGUCAACAACCUCACCGGCCUCACCUUCCCAUGGAUGGAGAGUAACCGCAGAUACACAAAGGACAGGUUCACAGGUCACCCCUACCAGAAUCGGACGCCCCCCAAGAAGAAGAAGCCCCGCACGUCCUUCACGCGCCUGCAGAUCUGCGAGCUGGAGAAGCGCUUCCACCGCCAGAAGUACCUGGCCUCCGCCGAGCGUGCCGCCUUGGCCAAGGCACUCAAAAUGACCGACGCACAGGUCAAAACUUGGUUUCAGAACCGGAGGACGAAGUGGAGGUGA